AUGUCCCUCCCUUCGCGACGGCCGGGCGUCGGCGGCCCGGCAACCAAGAACAGCAUCCUCCAAACGCUCCAAGCCGCUGAAAUGAUUGACAGCAAGGCGGUCUUGCCGGCUGAAAUCCUCUCCACAAUCCUCGACUACCUCCCCGUAUCCGACCAAAUCCGCUGUGCCCGCGUCUCCCAACGCAUGCGCGAAAUGGUCUACGAAGACUCCCGCUGGGUUGCCAGGCUGCGAAGUAUGGGGUGCUGGGACGAGGCGGCGGCGCGUCGCCGGUUUGACGAGGCGAUGAGGCGGCGGGCGGCGUCGAAUGCUGGGUUUGCUGCCGGGAGGGGGGGUGUUUCUAAUAAUGCGGCUGGUGGUGCUCCUGGAGCAGGCGCAGGCGCUGGGAGGGGAGGGGAGGUGAAUAGGCAGAGUUUGUUGUUUGAUGCGGGGUUGGAGGAGGAGAGGAGGAAGGUGUUGGAGGAGCAGAAGUUGAAAGAGUUGAAGGAGAAGGAGCAGCAGCAACAACAACAGCAGCAAAUAGCGGAGGUUAGGGACGGGUUUGAGACGAUGAAAGUUGCGGGGACAACACAUCCGACGCAUCAUGACCCGUCCACAGACCCGGAAGCGUUGCUGCAGGUUAUCAAGAAUGCGAGGAGCAUACGGGGCCUGGCGAGGCAGGAGUAUGGGAAGAUUUACGGUGCGCUGGCGCCUUUUUACUUUGAUCUUGUGCGGGCUAAGACACACACGGAUCCGCUGGUGUUCAAGGUGUUUCGCGACCCGGAAAGACAGGCACAGAUGCUGGCGAACCUCCGGGCGUUUGCGAGGAGUGACUGGGCGGAAGGGGCGUCGAAGCGGGAGGAGAAAGUGGACACGAUGACGGGGAUCUUUGAGAGCGCGGUGCUGCGAGAGUUUGAGCAAGGGUACGAGUUCUGGGACGUGGACGGGCGCAUGAACAAGUAUGCUCAUGUGCUGGCGGUGCUGAAUGAGAGCAACACGGCUGUGGAGCUGUUUAUUCAAAAGCACCCUAUCUUCACGGACCGCGAGGUGCUGGCCAACUCGAUGGACUGCGUGAACCAGGCGCUGGCGGAUAGUAUCACGUUGGAGCCGUCACGGCGGUUCUUUGAGGUGCUCGCGGGGAAAGUUAACGAGCAGGCGGGGAUUAUCCAGCGCAUCUUUCCCAAUGCGGGAGAUGUGUUUUGGGCGUUUGUCGACAAGGUCCGGGAGGAUAUUGUGAUGGAGUAUGCUACGCCAUUGUUCGACGAGACACAUGAGCGGAGUAUCCCCUCGUACCUCAAAGCUGUGUCUGGCUUGUUUGAGCAGAUGCUGCAGUUUCUGCGGACAAUAACACCGCCAAAGGGCGCCGAGGUACAACAGGGGGUCAAAGCGAAGGAGCUGGCCCUCAAGGCGUUUGAGCCGCAUCUCGAUUUGUAUCUGCAGGAUGAAACGGACGAUUUCAUCCGACUGGCAGAGGGACAAGUUGGGGAAUGGGAGAAGAAGCUGUCCGAGCAGGAGGCCAGUGCCGAGUCGUUUUACAUGGGCAGUUUUGCCAACCGACAGGCGGAUAAGAAGGAUUUCCUGACGUCGUUCAGAAAGGUCGUCAUGAUGCCUGUGACGGUCCUUCCUACGACCCUCACGGCGUUUUCGCUGCCGAGUCUCCCGCUAGGUUCGCCUUUCGCGAGCAAACCUGUGUCGAGCACGGCCAAUGGCAGUAGUGUCUUGACGCAAGAGACGGCGUACCAUGGAGCCCGCGUCCCAACUCCGCCACCAGCUCCGACUCCAGCCCCGGCCGCGGCCUCGGAUGUACUGUCGCCGCCGUCAACAAUAGACCGGGACAGUAGCAACAGUCCGCUACCGGACAAGGCACCGACGGACGAGCUAGCGGCGAAAGCGGCGCUUAUGACAUCCCGGUUGGAAGGGAUCAAGUCGUUGUUCAGCAUCGAAGUAGCGUUGAGCCUUGUGCACGCGGCCAAAGCCAGUCUGGGGCGAAUGGCCGUGUUCAUCCAGCUGGGCGGGCAAGCGGGCGAAGAGGCACGCGAGCAGUGCGAGACCAUCUUCGUGGCGCUCCUCCGCAUCCUUGGCAACAAACACGUCAAGCCCGGGUUCGACCGGGCCGUGGUGCACCUAUCGCAGUACAACCCGCGCGAGGUGAGCGAGCACGACAAAGGCGGCGUGGCGCCGCUGGUGACGUUCAUCGAGCUGGUCAACGUGGGCGAUCUGAUCUCGCAGAUGAUCGACGUGUUCUACGAGCAACAGCUGGCCGGGCCCAAGAUCGCGGACCGCAACGACUUCAUGGACCCGGCGGGCCUAGCCAAGAAGAAGUUCGAGCAGAUGCUAGACGAGAGCGUCGCGGCCGGACUCAACAAGGGCAUCGACGUGCUCAUGGACGAAGUGGAAUACAUCUGCGCGACCACCCAACUACCCACCGACUACAACCCCGGAGGAGGAGCCGGAGCAGCAGCAACAGCCGCAGGAGGCACCAUCACCCCAAGCGGCGCCAACACCCCUGACCCAACCUCCACCACCUUCGACAAACGCGCCUCCACCCUCACCUUACCCCCGGGCACCCUCGACAUGGACAUCGGCCCGACCCGCACCGCCCAACGCAUCCGCGACCUCGUCGCCUCCCACACCUCCAUGCUCGUCGGCAGCACCGACAAGUCGAUGCUAGAUGUCUUCAACGGCGAAGUCGGCCUCCGACUCUUCGCCGCCGUGUGCAAGCACCUCAAGCGGCAGCGCAUCAGCACGGAGGGCGCUAUCAAGCUGAUUGCGGAUAUGGCGCUGUAUUUUGAGUAUAUCCGCACGUUGAAGAACCAGGAUCUGCUGGCGUAUUUCCGGGCGCUGCGCGAGUUGAGUCAGAUUUAUCUGAUUGAUGCGCGGCAUCAUGCCAAGGAGAUGGCGACGAUUAUUGCGGAUGGGGAUCGGUUUGGGGGGAUUUUUAGGGCCGAGGAGGUGUAUGAGUAUGCGGAGAGAAGGGCGGAUUGGUUUCAGGUACGGAGGGAUGUGGAGAGGGCUAUGUAUGGGUUGGAGUGCUGUUUGAUGUAG